AUGUUCGAUCUGCCCCCCGGAAGCACGCUGCCUGCUUUCCUUCGAAUUCUUUCUUUUGCGAGCUUUAGUUUCAAUCCUGGGCAAGUAGCCGACUGGGCACAGCGCCUUAAGACUCGAAAAAUCCUUCACUUGGGCUUCGACAAUAUCCCCGAGGUGUGCAGCUUGGUUGACCAGCUUUCCGGAAGUGUCUCGAAUUUGAGGUCUUUCGCCAUCCGGGGGCCCGCGCCCGCGAAUCGCGAUUUCAACCCCGGAAUCAUCAAGUCGCUCGAUUUAUUUUUGCGUCAAAUUACCAAACUGCACUCCUUCGAGGCCUAUGACUGGCCAAAGGAUGUUCUCCGCUCCGUGGGACUCUAUCACGGUAACCACCUUCGUCAACUUAGAUUCCACCAUAGCGGAUUUGCUUUCCGGUGCCCGCCUGGACUCAAUGGAAGUCGAUUUGAUAUCUGUCGGGACGCCAGAGCACUCUCCAGGCUCUUGAUCUCUCUGCUUUCACCCGAAGAACUAACAUGCCUUUCUUCUGAACUCCCAUUCGUCGAAAGAUUAGGUAUUGACCUGUGCUUCAUUGGUAGCAUGCCUUGCGACAUACUUAGCGGCGUAGCCUCUUUUGAGAACCUGAAAGCCCUUGAGCUUCUUACACCGGAUGGCGUCGGCUUCGUUCCGAAAAACGCCAAGCCCGAUAUGCCCCCUUUCCCAUGGCUCGACGCAUCCAUAACCGAGGAGGCAUUUCGUUAUGUCGCAGCUCAAAAGGUGCUACAGCACAGACCUGCUGCAAACAAUCACAGUAUGCCUUCCUGGCCGCAGCUCAUACAACUCGAUAUUACAGCAGAUUGCUGGGGCUUGACGAGCGUGAAAUACCGGGUGGAGCGCCUAUUAGAUGGUUUUCUACCUGUAUCCUGGUGGGAUCCUCGAAGCUCGAUGAACGUGCGUUCAAUCCAAGUUUACCCUAAUACAAAGAAACUUUCUAAGUUCGCUGGUUUCACUGAGGAUACUGUGUAUGAGAUGCCAAUGUACUCGUCUGGACUGUGGGAUUCUAGAAAUGCGGACUUUGAGAUGUCAGCUUGGUGA